GCCUUAGUCACCCGUUUAGGCCUGGGUGCUACCCCCGGUCUAGGUGGAGCUCAAAGGCGAAGCGAAAUAAUCAUGGCCGUUCCAACAAGUUCUCCGCUUUGUCUGCUCCUAGUUUGUUUAUCCCUCGCUUCUCUUUCUCUUGGUGGUCCAGCAAUUAUUGAGCCAUGGCCUGAUAACCUCCACCCAAUUGAGGGAGAGAAUAUAGCUGUCACAUGUGUAGCAUUUGACGAAAAUGACCCCAAUGGUAGACCAGUUAUCAAGUUUGCCCGCAAUCUAGAUUUAGGGGGGACAAAACAGAUCACUGAUGAGGGCCCAAAUGGACACACCUACUUUACAACUGAGAAAAAAAUGGACGGUCGGAAAGUGUCCACCACGUUGCACAUCAACAAUGUCACCCUGAAUGACGACACAAAGAAUGGUGGGCGCUACCAGUGUGAAGCCUACGCUAGUAGUGCUCCUGGUGCCGCCGCUGAUGAUGUUUAUGGAUUCACCAUCACUGUGAUCGAGCGUUCUGAAAUCCCUAAAAUCCAAGUUUCUGAGGAUGAAAUUGUCAAGUUUGGGGAUUCUGUCAGUUUAGGAUGUAACCUGACUGAUGUUGGCACAAAUAAACUGCGGAAUCCAAUAGAUCACAUAGCUUGGAUCAAAGACAACAAGCUCAUUGACGAAACCUUCAGCCCUGAGAAAAAAAGACUAGAUAACUUGGAGGUUAAGAUUGAUAGCCCUGAAGAUGCAGGAAUCUUCACCUGUGUUCUUACGGCAAAGCUCAGGAAUAUCAGGCCUUACAAGAUCUAUGGCAACAUAACUGUUCAAGUUACGCCUCAUCUCUUCAGGACUGAGGUGACGACCCAUCAGUUCUACAAGGGAGAUCCUGGCAAGAUGGUCUGCUCUGCCCAAGGCAACCCUAUUGAGGUUACCUGGAAGAGAAAAGACAGGAAUGAUAAACAAGUAGUUGUCCUGAACCAGACAGAACCGGAUAAUAGGUACUCGUUUAGCAAUUCAGGCUACAGAGGUUUCACCCUGACCAUCAACCCUCUGGAAUAUAUGGACCGAGGUAGCUUCUACUGUUGUAUCAAGGGUGAAAACAACACCAACACUGAAGACACCACCGGCUGCCAAGAGUUUCUACUCCGUGUAAAAGACCCCUUGGGACCUCUGUGGCCGGUUCUGGGAAUCAUUGCGGAAGCCAUCUUGCUUGCCAUUAUCAUCUUUAUUGUUGAGAAGCGCAAGAAAAAGACGGAAAAGUCUGUCAAGGAACGUGUCGAGUUCAGCUUCAGUUCCACAGAUGAAGGUGACAAGGGUACUGUCCGCCUUCGCCCUGCUGCUGCGGGCACGCCGACGGAUGCCAACGCCUAGAGACCCUAACCCGCACGCUAUUGCACCUCUAUGUUUGGUGCGGCAGUAUUUACUCACGCGACGUAAAAACCGGAACGACAAUGGACCAUAUGUCGUUUGCACACCCAUUCUAUGAAAAUGGUUUUGAUUUUAUUUGGUAAAUGUUAUCGAUGAUUCGUUGCCCUGGUAUAAAAGAUGGUGGUUGAGCGAUUUUAGAAUGUGUUGCGAUGAUGGGUGUUUAAGUGGGUAAAGAUGUUUAUUCACGACUUGCAUGACAUGGUUUCCUAUCAGUCAAUAUUUGGGUGGUUAUGUACGGUAGUUUAUUUGAGACUGGUUAUUGGAAGAAAUGUGAUUACUGUAUACAACAAAAUGUGACCGGAAUAGUUAGCUCAGUGCGUUGUUCUGUAAUAGCUUGCGGUGUCAGUUGAUAUUUGGCAUUGUGAAAGUUUCUAAAUGAUCUUGUAACGGUUUCAAAUCAUGGGAUAUCAUUUGUGCCAAAGUCAUUGGCUAAGAGGGUAAAGCUAUACCAUCGCUAAGAUCCCAUAUUCUGAUGGCCCUUGACUCCAGGGUGUGUCAAGGGGUGUAUGCGACCCCCCUCCAGAUGAAGAAUAUAAUAGGUAUCCUGGCCAUGUGCAUAUGUCAUAUGUAUAAGUCGUAUGGCUACCCACAUACAUUGAUGUGUGAUUUUGGUUCAUGAAUAUAAUAAGUGAUAAUAAAAAAAAGAUGAAGAGUAUAUCAUAUUGCCGCUUAAAAUUCCUUCUAGUAUUUAAUAAUUCAUGUUAACAUUCAAUUAUACUAAUUUUAGAUAGAUUUUACACACACGAUAUUGUAUACGCAGUGUACACCCAUUUCAAAUAAGGUUUUACUCGGAGGGUCCAUGUGUCAUAGCCCGCAGUGCUGUAUGGGUAUCGAAUAAAUCACCAAACAAACGUAAGUAAAGACAAAUCCAAGUAUGGAAAGCGGCAACGUUGUUUAAGUGCGUGUGAACAUUUACAGGGCUUUUGGAGAUCAGGAUUCAGCCAUUUAAUCGUUACCCAUGAACCACUGCGGGCUACGACACAUGGAUUCUCCAUACCUCACUUGAAAUGGGUAUAUAUCCGGAAGCAACAGCGACGACAUUGCUUAGCAAGUAGAUGUGCUUUGUUGUUGCCGUUGCUGCUGCUGUUGUUGUUGUUGUUGUUGUUUAUGGUUAUCUCGCUGUUUCCACAAUACUUCACAGGGGCGUACGCAGGAUUUUAACAAGUUGCAGUCAAAGCAUUGAGAAGCUGAAUGAGGGCGUGGCCCCUCAUCCCGCAUCCCCGUGAAGAUUUCAUAGCUCCCGCUUUUGGAUUUGAAAUUGGCGUCAAUGCGGCAGACUUUUGAGAAUAUUACACGAUCCUCUGUCAUCCUCGAUCUGAAAUAGGACUUCAUUCGUCGCGUGGCACUGAACGACAUGACAAUAUGUUUGGAAAUCAUCUGUAGACUACCAUGAUUAAGAAAAUUAUAGUUUUAUCCUCAUCAUUUAUAAAAAUCAAUGAGUAAACAUUUGAUUUUUCCCCUCGUUAUGCAAAUAAGAUCGCCAAAUUUUCUUCGUACGCCCCUGCUUCAUAUCCAUAAUCCAACAGGUAGUGAUCACGGUUAAUGAGCGACUGUGUUUUUAAGAAAGAAGAGAGGCUGGGUGAGGAACUAUUCAAAUAGGAAUUUCUUUAUCAUUUCUUGUCUUUUUCUGUUAUUUUUUUUUUCUGUUAAGUUAUUUAUUCAAUUUAUCCAAGACAUCACAUUGUUUGCGAAAUACAUAUCAUGUCAUUAUUGUUUUAUGAAUUAUAUAUUGUACUAUACCAUGCUUAUGAUUGGUAUCGUGUGUUAUCUUCCAAGCUAGAUAGCGAGUAGCUGUAACUGAGAACUAUGGAAAAUAAACUAAAAUGUGUACUCUUAAA